CAUGCGCUAGCGUGCCUCCAAUAUAGAAGAAGAAGAAAACUUUCGACCGGAAACAGCCAGGUGGUGAGCGGUCUGCGUCUCGCGCCUGUAUUACUAUGUUUAAUGACUCGCUGUCAUCUUCACAAGCAGCUGCGGGCGUUUCCAUGACUACGGGCAGUUAAAAACAGGCAGACCGUGUUUUUUUUUUGUAUCCCUCCGGAGCUCGAACCCCCGUCUUCUCGGGGAGAGAGAGAGAUGCAGAGCGUCGCCGAGUCCCGUCCCCUGUUCGGCGGCGCGCUGUCGGCCGUCUUCCCCCGCGGCGCCGCGGACGCCAGCGAGCUGCGGGAGAUCCCGGACAACCAGGAGGUGUUCGCCCACGAGCGCACCGACCAGAGCCUGAUCGUGGAGCUGGUCGAGUACCAGGGUCAGGUGGCGGACCGGGACGCCGCCCGGUAUCACUUCGAGGACAUCGCCGGCAGCAACAAGGCGUCGGAGCCCGGUGCGUUCGAAGUGACCGGCGUCGCGCGCGUGUCCGAGUCCGAGCUGUCGCUCGCGCACUGCAGCUCCGCGUGGACGCUGACCGGCACGCAGCGCGUGUCCAAAUUCAACGAGGAGGCGAGGAACACGGUGACCCUGCACCUGGGUCUGGUGCGGCUGCCGCGGUUCUCCACGGACCUCCUGGUCACCUUCAACGACCCGCAGAGGAUCAACCCGGAGAGCAGCAGCGCUGCGUCGGCGGAGGAGACCCACGGGGACCCCUGGACGGUGCAGGACUUCCGGGUCUUGUUGCAGACUCUGACCCUGCACAACCCGGGGCUGUUUGGCUAGAACCACGACUGGGGAGGGGGCUGAUUUAAAAUUAGGACUGUGCUUUUCUUGGGGAGGAACCCCGCAAGAAUCAGCCCCCCCCAGCAGGGUUUUGGGGAUCCCCACCUGAUGGUGGUUCCCCGUCGCUCCCAUGACACACAUGCACCGUUCUGACAUCCCAAAAAUGAAUUGAUGACCAACCGCUUCACGGUUUCGUCUUAAUAAAAGUGUC